AAUGUGAUCGUGGGUUUCCAUUAGACACUCUCAUCUCAUUUGAACUCACAGUGCUUAAAAAGAAGUACUCUCACUUAUCUGGGGAUAAGCUCUUUAACUAAGAGCUUAAAAAAAAAAGAUGGUGAAGUUCACUAAACAGUUUGAGGGUCAGCUAGUUCCUGAAUGGAAAGACGCCUUCGUUGAUUAUUGGCAACUCAAGAAAGACAUCAAGAAACUCAACUGUGAUUCCACUGCUCCUUCAUCAAAAUCUAAACAUAAAAGCUCUUUAAGCAACACCUUCUUUUCCGCAAUACAUAAGCUUUCCUUAUUUGGAAAUCAGUGCAGAACACAUGAAGUCAUUCACGUUCAUAGUAAGCUUCAAUCGACAAACAGUAAGGGAGUUCUAUACCAAACAGAAUUGUUAGAGAAGUUUGCUGAUACCGAAGCUGCUAGUGAAUUCUUCGCACUUUUGGAUCUUCAACUUAACAAAGUUAAUGAAUUCUAUAGAAGGAAAGAGAAGGAGUUCCUCGAUCGAGGGGAGUGUCUUGAGAAACAAUUAAAUAUUCUGAUUGAUCUGAAAAAUGCGAUAAAAGAUCAGCACAAAAAUAAAGCUACUUCAUCCCACCAUGACUCCAAGGAUGAAGACUCGAUAUCUGGCUCCAUUUCAUGUGAUGAAGAAUCCAGUAGGGGUAUUAUAGAACAUGAUUUGCAGGAAGAGGAAAAGAUUGCAGAAGAACAUGAUGUUAAUGGUGUUGAAUGUGAGGAUUCACCAAGAUCAGAAGAAGAUGGGAAAGUGACAAGAUCUAUACAGGAGGAGGAACAGAGUCUAUCUGGUUAUAUUAUCAAUAGCCAAGGAAAAAAGUUGAAAAUUCGCAUUCCUCUAACUAAUCCUACACGAACAUUCUCCUACCUUCUUUGGGAAGAUUCCAUCAAUCAGUCGUCAAGAAAACACAAUGCUCAUGGAAAAAAGCUUCAUGUCAACAAAACGAAAGUCCAUCAUGCUGAAAAAAUGAUUCGAGGAGCUCUAAUUGAGCUUUAUAAAGGAUUGGGCUAUCUCCAAACUUACAGGAAUUUGAACAUGCUUGCAUUUGCAAAGAUUUUAAAGAAAUUCGACAAAGUAACAAAUAAACAAGUUCUUCCCAUCUAUCUUAAAGUUGUCGAAAGCUCCUACUUCAACAGUUCGAACAAGAUUAUGAAGCUGGCAGACGAGGUAGAAGACAUUUUCGUGAAACAAUUUGCAGAAGAUGACCGAAGGAAGGCAAUGAAAUAUUUGAAACCGACUCAGCGCAAAGAGUCUCAUGCUGUCACCUUUUUCAUAGGGUUAUUUACAGGAUGCUUCAUUGCACUAUUCGUUGGAUAUGUCAUCAUGGCUCGUACCACUGGAACAUAUACACCACAAACUAAUACAAUCUACAUGGAAACUGUCUACCCUCUUCUUAGCAUGUUCAGCCUGUUGUUUUUGCACUUUUUCCUAUACGGAUGCAACAUUUUUAUGUGGAGAAAGACACGUAUCAAUUACAGCUUUAUCUUUGAGCUAUCACCAACACGAGAACUAAAAUAUAGAGAUAUCUUCUUGAUAUGUACAAUGUCGAUGGCAGUUGUAGUCGGUGUCCUGUUUGUUCAUCUUUCAUUGAUGGACAAAGGGUAUUCGUACUCUCAAGUUGAAUUAAUCCCAGGCCUUCUUUUACUGGUUUUUAUGGUAUUGCUUGUUUGUCCCAUCAACAUCCUUUACAAAUCAAGCCGUUUCCGACUUCUUAGUGUGUUAAGGAACAUCAUUUUAUCUCCUCUUUACAAGGUUGUCAUGCUGGAUUUCUUCAUGGCUGAUCAACUGUGUAGCCAGGUGCCGAUGCUCAGGAACCUUGAAUAUGUAUCCUGCUACUACAUAACUGGAAGUUACAAAACUCAAGACUAUGGAUAUUGUGUGCAAACGAAAAACUAUAGAGAUCUUGCUUAUGCCGUUUCAUUUUUGCCUUAUUACUGGAGAGCAAUGCAGUGUGCUCGAAGGUGGCUUGAUGAAGGCGACACAGGUCAUUUGAUAAAUCUGGGAAAAUACGUAUCUGCAAUGUUAGCUGCAGGAGUGAAACUUGCAUACGAAAAAGAAAAGAGUAUGGCAUGGUUAUGCAUGGUAGUGAUAAUGUCAAGUAUCGCAACUGUUUAUCAACUGUAUUGGGACUUUGUAAAAGAUUGGGGUUUGCUACAGAUGAACUCCAAGAACCCUUGGUUAAGAAACGAAUUGAUUCUUCGUAGGAAGUUCAUUUACUUCUUCUCUAUGGGACUGAAUCUUGUUCUGAGGUUGGCUUGGUUACAAACUGUCCUACAUUACAAAUUUGGGAGCAUUGAUUAUAGAUUAACAGGGCUUUUUUUAGCAGCCCUUGAAGUCAUUAGAAGAGGCCAGUGGAAUUUUUACAGGUUGGAGAAUGAGCAUCUUAAUAAUGCAGGCAAGUUUAGAGCAGUGAAAACAGUACCACUUCCAUUCCACGAAGUGGAUGAGGAAGGCUGAUGCAUGAUCGAUCAUAUAUUCAUAUGCAAAUUCUCUUCAUGAUGAUCAGUCGAUAUAUGUUAGAAUAUGAUUCGUCGACCAAGUAACGAAUAGUUCACAUGGAAGAACCUCUAAUUAGCUUCACAAGUUGAUGCAAAUAGGAUUUUAAUUUGUUCUUCUUCAACUUUCUUGUUGUCAGUUUGUACAAAUAAUUCAUAUUUGUACACAAUUUUCUUCCUUCAUUUUAAUGGAACUCUAGUACUUUUUUUGGGUGUA